UGACCUGACCUGACCUGAACUUACCGGAUGUCAAAGGGGCGUCUGGCUUUCUAUCAUGAAAAUUAGUCAUCUCAUCAUCUUGGCGCUCUGCUUGUUGACGCCAUGCAGUGCGCUCCUCAAUUUCGUCGGCCAGAUAGUCAACUUUCUCGCCAUCCGUAGUCUUCUGGAAAACUGGGAGUACGCCCUUCCGGUUGGCGGGCUGAUCGUCCUGACGGCGAUCGCCGGCGGCCAGUACGGUCACCUGCCCAUCAAGUCCAGCUACAUCGCCAAGAAAGUGGCCCGACUUGUCGGACCGAGCCACUUAGGGGAGCCGCUGCCCUACAAGAGAAGUGGGCGCGUCGGCAGGGACAUCUAUCGGCAGCAGCAUGAAGCAGUGCUGGACACCGUUGUGAGGGCCGUCGCAUUAUUGGAAGAGGCGAUGAGACAACACGGCGCCGCUUCCAGCGCCACCUGGCGGAAAUCGCGAACUCCGUAGUGACGUCACUGCGUCGCUUGGCAUGCCACUUCAAGGAGGUGCCGUAAAAGUCAGCAAUCGGCGAACACGUUCGCGAGCUGUAGCAAAUAUGAAGAAAAGUGGCGUGGCAAUGAGUUGUAGCUGAAAUGAGGAAGAGCAAUCGGGGAUACGUCCAGAGGAGCUAUUCGAAGAGAAAAUCGGAAUAAUCGCACCUUCAAGAAAAAGAAACUUGCAUCCUCUGGGAGCUUCGAGAGUUCAUGGGAUUCAAUUGGGAUUGUGCAUCUCCCUGGAGGCACACAGCCUUGUGUUUAGUUGGUACAUUCACUGCAUUUUCACGGCGUUAGUAUGUUUCCCAGCCGUUCGGACCAUAAAAAGCCUGCUUCAGCACAACAGGAUGUGAACUGGUGCUCCCCUUUUCGCACUUGCAUUGGAAUAGUAUUCUUGCCACGACAGCGUGAUGUGGUGACAUGGUUGUGUCAUUGUGGAUACGAUUUUUCUUGACUUUAACGACAGAGCAACAGAGGUGAACCCCCCCCCCCCCUUUAUUUCUGCGGGCUUCGACACAAUACCUGUGAAGUCGCUUAUAGAAACCUUCACAAUAGCAACUAGCGUCUUGACAUUUUGUUGACUUUUGG